UGACUUGCAUGUUGUUCGCUGGUGCUGGUGCUAUUUAAACUGGCUGGGAUCUGGCUGUAAUUGUUAUUUUCAUUAUCACCAGAAGUUGUUGAUCUAUUUGCAACUCACCACUUCACUAACUCAACAAAUAAAGAAACUAACACACGUGUAUUAUUAGUCUAAGAAUAAGGACAUAUCCGUGUAUUGCUUAACUCAUUAUUUUCACAAUACCAUGCGAUGGUGUUUUUCAAUUACUCAAGUGAGUAGCCGUUUAGCUAGAUAUCUUAGUCGUAUGAUUAUGAGUUUUCGCAUUUGUCCACCAACGCUUAUUGUUUUUCAACCUUUUGUAAUUCAUUUAUUUCAAAUGUUUAUCAUCUUGCAAACUUUGCUUUCCAAGUUGUGGUUUUACAUCCUUGAACUAUGUUAUAUUAAAGAUUACGAAAACCUGAAACGACGUGAUAAGAACAAGGCUACCAUUUUGAUAUAUUCUAAAUGUAGAAUCUGACUGAUUACUUUAAGCUCACAGCUUAUAUAUUUUUUCAUUUGGAUAGUACUUUAGAAGUUGAAUAAGGAAGUUUAAACAUUUUUAGGGUUUUCAAUUUAAUUGCCAUUGGUAAGUUAAAGCUAGUCCCAGUUAAUGUGUCUUCACAGAUAUCGAUACCUUUAUGAGAUUGAGAAAAUGUCGCUAUCGUUUGCCAAAAGUCCUUGGACGAUGUGAUUUGUGCUACUGUGGUUCGUUAUCUAACUAACAUCUAUGAAAUAAGUCAGAAAAGAAAAUAAUUUGAAUCAACCAAGUUUUUUCUACAGUUUUCACUAAAUCAUUCAAAUGAUUUUCUGUUAACUUUGCUUCCAAUUCUCAUGAAUGGCAAUUCAUACUUUUGAAAUAUAGUAUAAUAGUUUUGCAAAGGCCUAAAAUUUUAUCUUGUUUGAGAGAAAUUUAAGAAGUUGGGGAAAAGUAUUUUUAAAUUUUCCAUCAUUUACUCCUUGCCCAAGUUGUAUUUUUUUUCAUAUCAUUUUGUAAACGAUCUUAUAACAGAAUGUUCUUACAUUUUAAUCGUACCAGAUCCUGGUUUCUCAAAUUCUGAAAUACUGUAUCUCAUAAUAUGAGUGAAAGAUUGCUACUAAAAUUUGUUAAUACGGACAUCCUUGGCGUUAUUGUUCUAAUUUUUUGCUGAUCAUCCUAAUCGGAAAGAUAAUUUUAUUCAUUGUCAUAUGGUUCUUUUUUACAGCCGCAGUUAAAUUCAUCACAAACCAUUGAAAGAACAAAAGUACAGUUUAUGGAAAGCAAUUGGGUGAAUGAUUUGUGCGACCAAUGAUUGCCAAUUAUUGGUUGUCGACUACUCCUAGCGAUGCUAUAUGACAAGCAAAAGUUCAAUAUAAAGUAAUCGGUUUGUCCAACUUAUCGAACUUACCUUAAACUCCAAAUAGAUUGGCUCUCCGUAAUUAUCAUCCAUCUCGUACCAAUUGGCUUCUUCAUUCCUAAAAUAGUUUAAGAAAAACACCGAAGGUACAGAUCAGACUCUGUCCCUGGCUUUUGUGGUGAUGGUGAGGAAGAGAGUAGGUCGAAAGGCAAACCAUACCACAUCCACGUCUUCUACUACCACCACGGAGUAUUCUGAGAGCAACUUUAAUCAACUGAGUAGCGGUGGUUCGUUUAGCAACUCUGCUAUCACUUCCUCUCUUCGGCGUAUGACGCGCGAACAGCUUAAAGGUUUACUAAGGGAUCGAAGGCUACCUGUCUCAGGAAACAAGACAGACAUGAUAAAUCGGUUGGGAGCUACAAUGUCGGAGAACACAUCAGCCGUCAGACGUACUAAGGAUACUUCAACUGCUACAAAUGGUACUCGACAAAGUACACCGGCAGCAAAGAAAUCCUCCCAUACUUCACAAUCGCAUUUGCAUUCCAACCAAAACAGUGAUUUGGAUGUAGAUCCCGAUAGCUUAACGCUAUGGCAUCAUCCAAUAAAAACAUUGAACUUUUUUCUACAAGAAUUACUUAUCAAUGUUGUUAGUUUAACAAAAAACACUUUCAAAUAUAGAAAAACAGUAUGGAGUAUAAUAAUGAUCGCCGGAUUAUUUUUACUUUCGAGCAGAGUCUCUGGACCACAACAGCAGCUGUUUAAAUCCUGGGAGGCCACCGUCGUAUGGUGGUUCUACUGGGUAGGACUAGGCGUAUUAUCGAGCGUUGGCCUGGGAACUGGGCUUCACACUUUUGUCUUGUACUUGGGACCUCACAUAGCCUCUGUGACGAUGGCAGCUUAUGAAUGCGGAGGGUUAAAUUUUCCCGAGCCUCCUUAUCCAGACCAGAUCGUGUGUCCAUCUACAGUAGAUCCAGCAUGGACGGCCAGCGUCUUGAAUAUCAUGAGAAAAGUACGCAUUGAAGCAAUGCUGUGGGGUGCUGGUACAGCUUUGGGGGAAUUGCCACCUUAUUUUAUGGCACGAGCUGCACGACUUAGUCGGCAAAGCGACAAAGAUCACGACCAAGGUCAAGAUCAAGAAGAGUUGAGAGAACUCGAAGCAUUGGAGGCACUGGAAAAUGGAGAAAAAUGUGUUUCAUUGGGAAUGCGUGCCAAACUAGCAAUGAAACAUUUUGUCCAAAAGGCUGGCUUCUUAGGAAUACUUGCUUGUGCAUCGAUACCAAAUCCGUUGUUCGAUCUUGCCGGAUUAACUUGUGGACACUAUCUUAUUCCAUUCUGGACUUUUUUUGGUGCAACACUAGUCGGAAAAGCUGUAGUAAAAAUGCACAUACAGCAAUUAGCAGUAAUUGUGGCAUUCAACGAGGAACUUUUAGAUAAAGUAAUUGCUUUGUUAGCAAUUAUUCCAGUCAUUGGCCCAAAGUUUCAAGAACCCUUGAAGCGGUAUCUUAUUGAACAGAAACAAAAAUUGCAUGACAAAUCCUCUAUAGAAGGAUCUACAACAAUUUCUUGGCUCUUUGACAAGUUCGUCAUGUUGAUGGUGUGCUACUUUCUCGUCACAAUUAUACAUGCUUUGGCACGUAACCACCAUCGUCGACGUACAAAGUCGUCAACUGAUUAAUCUUUAGAAGAAAAUUGAACACGGACUGAAAAAUAACUCUUAAACGGUGGGAGGUAGCACUGAUGGAAUAGAAACUUACACCAUAGGCAAAGACGUGCAUAGAUGAUUCGAGUAUUUUCCAAAAAUGAAAAGAACUACUCGUCGAUUAUUAUGCGCAGAAAUGAACACUAACAGAUAUCAUGUGAGAUAUCAUUUCAUAUUUUGAUACCUAUGUAGCUAGGUUAGCCAAUCUAGGUAUACAUGUUAGAGCGGAUACUAAAAAGAAUGGUUUGCUCAAUUGGUGUGCUACUAGCAAUGAGUGAAGAUCAUGUUGUUAGUUGGGGCUUAUUGUGGUAAUACAGAAAGGCAAAAUUAUUUAUUAUUUCCUAAUUACAAAUGUCAUUGAGAGGGUGAUUUUUUUUUCAUAAAUAGUACUUUUGGGUUUAAGGUAGUACAUAUAAGUUGAGCCUGGUACAUCAAUAGACGUGUGCAGCUAAACAUGGCAUAAAAACUAAGUACAUGUCGCAAUGGGAUGCUUUCUGAAGUUACUGAAGCGACACAAAGUCUACUAUAUGAAUUGGUAUUUCAUUUUUACAUUGUCCGUAUGCUUAUACUGUACCUAAUAGCCAAUAUCACAACAAUAUAAACUUUCCAUUUUUAAUGGAAGACUUGUGAUUUUCAAGAACUUGAUAAAUGAUGUUAUUUAAAGACUUCAAUACACUCGUCGCACGUAGUAUUUGUGUUGCGUCAAAGUAAUCCACAUCGACAUAUAAAGGCCUUGAUCAUUAUAGACAUAAGCAUAGUUAAUUUAUGAACUGUAACAGUCCACGGUAAUCUUAAUGCGUCAAUAUAGUAAUGGAACCGCAGAACCAUAGGACAAAUCAUAAA